CGGAGGAGCUGAGGACGCUUCAUCGGGUUUCUGAGGAUGAGGAUGGAGCUUUUGUCCAGGAUGAAGGCUGCUGAGGUCGUUAUGAUGAUGAUGAUGAUGAUGAUGAGUCUUCAUCAGGUUUAUUUUUCUUCUGCUCAGGAGUGCCCCUCCACUCACGACCUGCUGAACUCGCUGCGGCAGGUGGAGAAGAUGCUGGCGGUCCAUGAGACGUCCUACCAGCAGGGCCUGCGCUCCCUGAAGAAGAAGAUUAGUGCCCUGCACAACAGCACCAUGGCAGUCUUUAGAAUUGGCAAAAAUGCAUCCUGCCCCAAACUGGACCCCCCCGAUCACGGCCGCAGACUGGGCAGAGUGUUUGGCAUCGGACACGAGGUCCACUUCCUGUGCAAGUCCGGCUACGAGCUGAUUGGUCCGCGGACCCGCGUGUGUCUGGAGUCCCUGAAGUGGAGCGGCCAGCAGCCCAUGUGCAGGCGCCUCAACAGCACCGCCAACUCCCUCCCCUCCUUCUCCCCUGCUUCUCCUUCAUCAUCAUUUCCUGCCUCUGCGGCUCUGUCAGCAUCCUCCUCAGCAGCUUCAUCUUCUCACCAAUCACCCACGCCAUCCUCUCCCUCCUCCUCAGUACGACCCUCUCACUGCACACACUUCCUCGGCUCCACCCGCUGCACCUGCGACGUGGGCUUCACCAUAUCGGGCCGUGACAACAUCUGCACAGACAUCGAUGAGUGCCACCUGUUUCCUCUCGGUCAGCCCGGCCGCCUCUGCGUCCACGAGUGCGUGAACACGCCCGGCAGCUUCCACUGCGUGUGCCCGUCCGGCUACGACCUGACCAGAGACGGCCGCGGCUGCACAGACAUCGACGAGUGUGAAAACCGAAUGCACAACUGCACAGCCGAGCAGCUGUGUGUGAACACCUACGGGGGUUUCCAGUGUGUGACGGUGGAGUGUCCACGCGUGGAAAACGCCACGUACAUGAAGACAUCAUCCAUGCGCUGUGAGAGGAACCCGUGUAUGCUGGAAGACAAAGCAUGCAGCCAAGCACCAAACUCCAUCUCCUUCCACUUCCUCUCUGUGGUGUCCAACAUGUCUGCCCCGCGCAUCCUCUUCCGGGUGUCUGCCGCCCGCGUGCUGGGCGACACGCUGCGAUUCGGCCUGGCCGGCGGUCGCGGCCGGGAUCGCUUCAGCGUGCAGCGCUCGGGCAGACAGACGGGCACCCUCCUCCUGGUGACACCCAUCAAGGGCCCGGCCACGCUGGAGGCCGAGGUGGAGAUGAGCGAGCUGGAGCGCAACACCCUGCUGGGCCGCUACCUCACCAAGGUCACCCUGUUCGUCUCUGCGUACGAGUUUUAGAGCAGAGGAGUCAAAGCGGGCGGGCGUGCAGG